CCUGGGAGUUGUCUGCCCCGCCCCCGGGCCGGACGCCGCAAACUACAGCUCCCGACAGUCUGUGCUGCGGCCAGGGACCGGAGUCUGGGGGCCCAGUGGGGCAGCCGGGUGGGCUGGCGCGGGAGAGGCGGCCUUGCCAGGCGCCGUUGAGAGGCGGAGGACAGCGGGGUGCAGCUGGCGCCUGGGUGGCCAGCCGAGGAUCUGCUGCCAGCGUCUGCGGGUUGGAUCUCCCGGGCCUCUAACGGAAGGUCAGCCCAGCGGAGGCCAGUCCCAAAUCUCCAAGCAUCAGGGCUCCUGCUCGGUUCUCAAGGCGGGUGGGGGACACUGGACCUCCACACAGCCUGGAUUCCUGCCUACCAACUUGGUUUGCUGUGUUCUGUGUUGGCAAUGGCUGCUAGUUUUCCACAGGAAGUUUUGGUGGCUGAGAAAAUUUGUGGCCCAGGAAGUAGCAACUAAAUGCCUGGGAUGCUGACUAGAGGCUUCUGUGUGCUUUAAGAGUCGCUGCAGAUGGCACUUUGACCUUCCAUGUCUAUCAGCUUUGUCCGCUGCCCCAAAUAGCAAGGUUCUUGAACAGCCCACUCACCAUGGACCUGGACCCCCAUGCAGGUGUGCAGGUGGGCAUGCGUGUGGUACGCGGAGUGGACUGGAAAUGGGGCCAGCAGGAUGGAGGUGAGGGCGGUGUGGGCACUGUGGUGGAGCUUGGCCGCCAUGGCAGCCCCUCGACCCCCGACCGUACAGUUGUUGUUCAGUGGGACCAGGGCACAUGUACCAACUAUCGAGCUGGCUACCAAGGUGCCCAUGACCUGCUGCUCUACGACAACGCCCAAAUCGGUAUCCGUCAUCCCAACAUCAUCUGUGACUGCUGCAAGAAACAUGGACUUCGUGGCAUGCGUUGGAAGUGCCGUGUCUGCUUUGACUAUGACCUCUGCACACAGUGCUACAUGCACAACAAACAUGACCUUACCCAUGCCUUUGAGCGCUAUGAGACAUCACACUCACGCCCGGUCACACUGAGUCCCCGACAGGGCCUCCCUCGAAUCCCACUGAGGGGCAUCUUUCAGGGAGCAAAAGUGGUACGAGGCCCUGACUGGGAAUGGGGCUCACAAGAUGGAGGGGAAGGGAAGACAGGCCGUGUGGUGGACAUCCGUGGCUGGGAUGUGGAGACAGGCCGAAGUGUGGCCAGUGUGACAUGGGCAGAUGGAACCACCAAUGUGUACCGUGUGGGCCAUAAGGGCAAAGUGGACCUCAAGUGUGUUGGUGAGGCAGCUGGCGGCUUUUACUACAAGGAGCACCUCCCGAAGCUUGGCAAGCCAGCAGAGCUGCAGCGCAGGGUGAGUGCUGACGGCCAGCCCUUCCAGUGCGGCGACAAGGUCAAGUGUCUGCUGGACACAGACGUCCUAAGGGACAUGCAAGAAGGCCAUGGUGGCUGGAACCCUAGGAUGGCGGAGUUUAUCGGACAGAUGGGCACCGUGCACCGCAUCACAGACCGUGGGGACGUGCGUGUGCAGUUCAACCAUGAGACCCGUUGGACCUUCCACCCUGGGGCUCUCACCAAGCACAACAGCUUCUGGGUGGGUGAUGUGGUCCGGGUCAUCGAUGAUCUUGACACUGUGAAGCGACUGCAGGCUGGACAUGGUGAAUGGACCGAUGACAUGGCCCCUGCCCUGGGCCGCGUGGGGAAAGUGGUGAAGGUGUUUGGAGAUGGAAACUUGCGUGUGGCAGUUGGCGGUCAACGGUGGACCUUUAGCCCCUCCUGCUUAGUGGCCUACCGGCCUGAGGAAGACGCCAACUUGGAUGUGGCUGAGCGUGCCAGAGAGAACAAAAGCUUACUGAGUGUGGCCCUGGACAAACUUCGGACCCAGAAGAGUGACCCAGAGCACCCAGGGAGGCUGGUAGUAGAGGCUGCACUGGGAAAUGUGUCCCGGGCUGUGGAUCUACUGCGAAGGCACCCAGAGCAGGUGGACACCAAGAACCAGGGCAGGACUGCCCUACAAGUGGCUGCUUACUUGGGCCAGGUAGAGCUGGUGCAGCUGCUGCUGCAGGCAAGGGCAAGUGUGGACCUGCUGGAUGAUGAGGGCAACACUGCGCUGCACUAUGCAGCUCUGGGGAACCAGCCUGAGGCCACAAGGAUGCUCCUGAGUGCAGGAUGUGGGGUGGAUGCUCGAAAUGGCACACGAAGCACAGCCCUGCAUGUGGCUGUGCAGAGGGGCUUCCUAGAGGUGGUAAAGACCCUGUGUGAGCGUGGUUGUGAUGUCAACCUGCCGGAUGCCCAUGCAGACACGCCCCUGCAUUCUGCCAUCUCUGCAGGUGCCGGUGCCAGCAGCAUUGUUGAAGUCCUCACUGAGUUGCCUGGCAUCGAUGUCACUGCUACCAAUAGCCAGGGCUUCACACUGCUGCACCAUGCAUCCCUCAAGGGCCACGUGCUAGCAGUCAGAAAGAUUCUGGCACGGGCACGACAGCUGGUGGAUGCCAAGAAGGAGGAUGGCUUUACUGCACUACAUCUGGCAGCUCUCAACAACCACCGUGAGGUGGCCCAGGUCCUAAUCCGAGAGGGUCGUUGUGAUGUGAACGUGCGCAACAGGAAGCUUCAAUCUGCACUGCACCUGGCUGUGCAGCAGGCCCACCUGGGGCUAGUACCACUGCUGGUGGAUGCUGGCUGCAGUGUGAACACCGAGGAUGAGGAGGGAGACACAGCCCUGCAUGUCGCACUGCAACGUCAUCAGCUGUUGCCGUUGGUGGCUGACAAGGCUGGGGGGGACCCAGGGCCCUUGCAGCUGCUGUCAAGGCUACAGGCCUCAGGCCUCCCGGGCAGCACAGAGUUGACCGUAGGUGCAGCAGUGGCCUGCUUCCUGGCGUUGGAGGGUGCUGACGUGAACUACGCAAACCACCGUGGCAGGAGCCCCCUGGACCUGGCCACUGAAGGCCGAGUGCUCAAGGCCUUGCAGGGCUGUGCCCAGCGCUUCCGGGAGCGACAGGCAGGUGGCGGUGGGGGCAUGCCCCCGGGCCCCCGGCACGUGCUAAGCACUCCCAACACCGUGAGGAACCUGCAUGUGUCUGGCACAGCAGGGCCAGAAGCUGCCGAGUGCUUGGUGUGCUCGGAGCUGGCACUGCUGGUUUUGUUCUCACCGUGUCAGCACCGCACCGUGUGUGAGGAAUGUGCACGCAGGAUGAAGAAAUGCAUCAGGUGCCAGGUGGUCAUCAGCAAGAAGCUACGCCCAGACGGUUCAGAGGUGGUAAACACCAUCCAGAUGCCUGGUCCACCUCGCCAGCUGGUGGAGGAGCUACAGAGCCGCUACCGGCAGAUGGAGGAGCGAAUCACCUGCCCCAUCUGCAUCGACAGCCACAUCCGCCUAGUGUUCCAGUGCGGCCAUGGUGCAUGCGCGCCCUGUGGCGCUGCGCUCAACGCCUGCCCCAUCUGCCGCCAGCCCAUCCGCGACCGUAUUCAGAUCUUCGUGUGAGCGCGUUCCGCACACCAUGGCCGAUCCCAGACCCUUCUACAAAAGCCCUGUGUUUUAUAAAAAAGAUUCUCGGAC